AUGUCUGUCAUUCAAGAAGGUCCUGGCAGACUUGGAACUUUUGCUGCAUUGGCUAGAAUAUCUCCAACCAUCUCUGAGAUUGUUCUUCAGCUCCUAUGGAAGCAGAUGCAUUCAGUGGAACCUCUUCUACGUCUUGUUGGGGGAAAAAGAAAAGAAAAGUCAGAUGGUUUAUGGCUUUGGAGCCUAGAUUCAUCUCAUCUAGGCCGUUUUGCUAUAUAUGCACGCAGGGUUAGGGCCAUCUGUGCAGAUGGAAAGGCUCUGAAAUCUCAACAUAAAAGGGCUUUUACCAUCCUGUUGCAAUCUUGUGUUCGGAUCAAAUCUCCAGUUCCCCUCCUACCAUUGCUCAAUCAUGUAGAGCUGCAUAACCAGAAUGACUGCCUAGCUCAAUUUCUUGGUGGCCUCUUCUGUCCAGCACUACAAACCCUGAUACUUCCACCUCAUAUGUCCAAAUUCCCCCAAAUCCAGAACAUGAUGUCUCAUCUUCAAACUCUUGUCUUCAUUGCUUGUCCGACUCAGACAAGAUCAAUUUUAAAUUCCUUAUCAGAUCACAAAUCUAUGCGCCAUCUCACUCUGUCUUAUAUCAAUCCCACUGCAAUGGCUCCUCUAGCUUCCCUUCACAAGCUUGUCAGCCUAACAUUUGUCAUCACCACUCAAUCAUCCUUCAUAAAAGAGGCCACCUCUUUUCCAAAAAAUUCCAUUCAUACCAACAUUCUUCACAUUCAAGUAGAACUUGAUGACAACAGUCCCAUGCCCACCACCACUGGAUUUUCAGCUGUUAUGCUACUGCUAUCUAGUCAUUCCAUCCGCAGUCAGGGGCUCAGCAUCAAAAUUCCUUGGUAUCAUCCAGCAAAGGACACCAUGCAUUUCUUCAACUGUCUUGCAUCACUGGCCUCAGAUAAUCCUAAUCACCGCUUCCUGGCUUGGGAGAACCUAGAGUGUUUCAGGUUACAGAUGGAGUGGAAUGAAGAUCAAAUGAACAUGGGCUAUGAUGUGCUGCAGAUGCCAUGCGAUGGUUUGUCUGUUUUGUACCAGCUAUUUUUCUUGACCACUUUGGAGCUGGAGGACUUGGUUAGGUUAGGUUAG